AGACACAUGAGAAGUCAUACAGGAGAGAAACCAUUUGGCUGUUCUGAGUGCGGUGAAAGAUUUGGACAAAAAAUACAUCUAAAUACACACAUGAGAAUUCAUACAGGAGAGAAACCUUUUGGCUGUUCUGAAUGUGGUAAAACAUUUAGAGAAAAAAACAAGCUGAAAAGACACAUGAGAAGUCAUACAGGAGAAAAGCCAUUUUGGUGUUCCGAAUGUGGUAAAAGAUUUCGAGAAAAAACACACCUGAAAAAACAUAUGAGAAUUCAUACAGGAGAUAAGCCAUUUGACUGCACUGUAUGUGGCAAAGUAUUUGGAGAAAAAGGCCGUUUGAACACACACAUGAGAAUUCAUACAGGAGAGAAACCAUUUAGCUGUUCAGAGUGCGGUAAAGGAUUUGGAGAAAAAAGCCGUCUCAACACACACAUGAGAAUUCAUACAGGAGAGAAACCAUUUGGCUGUUCUGAGUGUGAUAAGAUUGGACAAAAAUAUCAUCUCAACUCACACAUGAGAAUUCAUACAGGAGUGAAACUCCUGGUCUGUUCUGAGUGUGGUAAAACAUUUGGAGAAAAAUGCCAUCUGAACAGACACAUGAGAGUUCAUGUGGGAAAGGAACCAUUUAGCUCUGAUGUACAAAUGGGACUUGACAACUCAGGCCUUUUUGAGAUGGCUACAAGAAGUGGCUUCUGGUAGUUGCAAAAGGUAGCACAGCUAUAUAUGUAGAUGAACUAGUCCGUAUAUUAAUUUAUUAAUAUCACCAGAAAUAUAUUUUGUAAGUUGCCAUGAAAUGCAUGUUUUAAUAACUGCAAGAUU